AUGGGUACACUAUUUUUGCAAUCCUUCACCAUUGAGAUUGAGUUGCUGCUCAAAGAUAUUUUUCUCUUAGAUAAUGCUGCUUAUGGCCCUCCUCCAAAUCUUGGAUCUCUUGCAAAUACUGAUUCUUCUUCUUCUUCUUCUUCUUCUUCUUCUUCUUCUUCUUCUUCUUCUUCUAUAUCUAAACAUCUUUUUAUUGUAAUUUUUCUUCUUUUUUCUUAUCAUUUCCUUCUUUUCCAUGCAGCUUAUCAUUUAUUUUCAUCUUCCUUUUCCACAUCCUUCUCUCCCUUUUUUGUCUCUCAUUAUAUUCAUCCCUUCUUCUUUUACAUCAUGUCCUUCUCAUUCUUUUCCAUUCAUCAUUUUUUUCCCUUCUUUCACAUCAUGUUCUUCUUUUCAUUCUUUUUCCUCAUUGUCUUCUUCCUUCACUCGUGUUCUUCUUUCUCUUCUUUUCCCACCUUUUCUUCUUCUUCCAUUUUUCUUUUCCCUCAUUUUUCUUUCUUUCUUCUUUCACAUCAUCUUCUUCUUUUACUUCUUUUCCCUAAUGUUUUCUUUCCUUUUUCCUUUACAUCAUGUUCUCUUUUUCCUUCUUUUUCCUUAAUGUCUUCUUUUUUCCCUUGUUAUUUUCUUUUCCUCCACUUCCUCACUUAUUUUUCCUCUCUCUUUCUUCUAUAUUCUUUCCUUAUUUUUCCAUACUUUCCCCAUAUUCAUUAUUUUAUUCUUUUCUAUCAUCAACUCAUUCUAUUCCUCAUUCUCCAUUACACCCUUCUCCUUAUUCUCCUUCAUGUUUUUCUUCAACUAGAUUUUCUCAAUCUCAUCCCACUUCCUUCUCCUUCAUAUUCUUCACCAUUUUUUUCUUAA